AUGGCGACAAGUGAUUGGAGUUCAACGUACACGGACCGCGGAUCUCUCGGUCGCCCAGGAAGUGCGUCCAUUUCUCCUAUUCCUGUAUCAACGGGUUCGCCUCCGGAUAGUGGAAAUAGUUCUCCAAAUUCUCCAACGAUUGCUCAGGAUGUAAGUGUCUUUUAAAUUUCUGUUUCUCCCUAUAAAAGGAGUGAGCUCCUGGACUCCACAUGUCUGCGAUCGGAGCUCAGCGAUUCGUUUAUUGUCUAAUUUUUGGGCACUGUGAGCUUACUGUUUACCAUUAGAUUAGCUUUAAUGCGCUUUUUUAUCUUUUCACUCUGACACUAUGAUUGUGCCCGUUGAUUAACUUGAGACCAAGAAAACAAUAGCAUUAUAUUCUCUUCGAUCGGUUAAAUCAUAAUGCAUUGCUUUUUGGUAUCUUUUCAUGAUUAUUGCUGAGUUCUUGUGUUAAAAACACGGUUAUGUUUGAUCGGUGAGUGCUUUGUAAUCUGGAGUGAGCAUGUCUUCGGCCAUUUAAUAAAUUCCAAAACCUCCUUGUAGAAAAGAAUUUUAUCACAGAAGGUGAAUAAAUACUUUUCAAAGAAUCUGAAAAAGUUCUAUAAUCCGUAGAAUGGAAAGGCGAUACACAUUUUGUUUGGUUUAUUAAUCAUCAACUGUUAACAAUGCAAAAAGUCACAUAGAUGAGGUAAAAAUAAUAAACAGGCUUAGAUGAAAUAUUUACCAUUUGCACAUCCUGUUUCAAAUAUUAAUUUUGACCUUAGAUUUAAUAAAAGUUUGUAAUUGAUUUUUUUCUGGAAGAGGUUUUGUCCUUACAAUGAUUUACUCUAUACAGCUGUAUCAUUAACAUUUCUAUGCAAUAAUUAUUUAAUUAAUUUUGUACAAAGGGGUCAAGCAUCAAAGGAAAUGAAUUUGUGUUUGCGUUGCUAACACCAUAGUGUGAAGUGUUCAGGAACAAUAAAAGAUUUUUAAACCAAUUCAGACAUUUUUGACAACUGACAUAGUUUUGAACAAAUUUUUGCAUCUUAAUACCCAUUGCAUGAGUGCAAUAUUACUCCAUACUCUCAUCAAAUAAGGUGUCCAUAUUGUACCAGUCAAUUUCAAAACUGCCCAUGUAGCCCGGCCCCUCCUCCCACAUUUAACAGGCUUUCUCAAAUGCUCCAACAUAAUGGUGAAUAUAGGAGCAAUGUCCCAUGAAUAUGGUGCACAGCAGAAUGCAGAAAGAAUUACAAAAUCCUUUUGCUGGCGACACUGCAGACCACCAUUUUGACACAAAAGUCAAAUGCCGGAGUGGGUGGGCCUCAUUUUGGGUCAAAUUCCCCACUGUAUGGAGCAAAACUCUUGUCAAAUGCCUGUUUGGGGAUGGGGGGGGGGGAGGACGGUUUUCGAACUGACUGGUAUAGAAGAUCAUUCUUUUAACACUUUUCUGCUCUAAAACCAAAAUUAUGAAAAUCCAAAAUUUCAUUAAGUUGAAGAAUGACAAUACUACAGCUCAUAUAUUUUGCGUAAGACCAGCUAACUUACACUGUACAGCUGUAGUCACUUACAUAGGCCCAUGGUUUCUAGUGGAGUAUUAAGGCCAUGGACAACACUCCUCUAUCGAACUUGGAUCCUGGCUGUUGUUACCACCUCAGCCCACUGACUCCCAGCCUUUUGAGUUCUGCCUUUAGCACUGUCUUGUCUCUAGCUGUUCUUAGGCAGCCCCCCUCUUCCUUCUACCCUGGGGCUUCCAGGUGUCGUGCUUGAUGUCAGUUUUAUUAUCUCCUGUCUACCCCCACUAAUGCCUUAGGAUUUGUUUUUCCUUUGGUUCCUGGGCUUGACUCCCAAAGCUCCUCAUUUUGACUUUUUCUGGCCAUCUGAUCUUGAAAAUGUGCUGUCUCAGACAACUGUUGAUAAACAGCUGGAUCUUUUGCAAUGUCUCUGUCUUUUGCCAAAGUGGUUUCAUAAAAUGUCCAUAUCACAGGCUUUUAUCCACGGACUCAAAUUUGUGAUUUUUUGUGUUUCCAUGAUCAGGUUUGAAAGUGAAUGGGUUCCCUUAUGAUAGGAAAUUAAUGCUCCAUGAAAUUAAGGUACCGGUAUUGGAAAUUAACAUGACUUAAAUUAACGCAAAUUAAAAUGGACUUUCAAAUAAACAAAAUUAACCCAAAAGAGAUGUUCACAUUUCAAAAUGAAGGAAAUUAAUUUGAUGUUCACCAAGAAGCAAAACCUGUUGAGACUACAAGAACGAUGUUAAAUGGAUGAUCCAAAAAGAAAAUUUGUGCAUGGUUUUCUUUCCAUGAACAUACGUGUACAAAGAGGGUCAAGUAAAGAAAUUUGGCCACUUUGAGGGUUCUUCACAGUUUCACUGUUACUGCAGAUCUUCACCCUGAUAAAAUACUCCUCUUCCUUAUGUGUCAAGAAUGUCAGAAGUGUAUCGAGAAUUUGGGGCAACGCUCCUCUUAAUGACGCGAAGAAUGAUGUUUAUUUAAUUAAUUGUGAGUUUUUGAAAUUUGCAUUAAUUUCAUAUAGCAUUAAUUUCCUAUAAUAAGGUAUAAUACUAAAAGUAAUGAAUGAAAAACCAUAUUCCUGGACCAUUUUAGAGCAUUGAGCAAGCAGAGGACAUGGGAGAAGUUGCAGGAAAUAAUGAUGAAGUUGCAGAUUACCAGAAAGAAAUUCAUGAUCUCAGGCUGCAAAUACAACAGCUACAGGAUGCUGGAAAUGUCAAGGAUUACCCUGGUAAGAGAAUUGCUUUGGGAUUUGUUUUAAAGUGAACAUUGACUUACAUGUAAGCAAGAACUUCAGCCUUUCUUUGGCAACAUUUUGAAAUGAAGCAGCUUUAUCACUUCUAAAUACUAGUACAAGGUCUUCUACCAGAGUCCAUUUAAGGAUUUUUUUUUUAAUAUAAAAAAUGUAGACUGUUAGAAUCAUCUUUUACAGCAAAGUAAACAGUACCAUAGGAAAGCAUCACGCAGAAGCUUCAAGCUAAAUUAAUAGAUGUUCAUCUUCAUACUGAAAUCAAAAUUAAGGGAUGUCACAAAAGCGGGCUGCUGGCUAAUUUCACUGGCUGAAAAAGAGCUUACCACUGGCUCAAAAUGCAAAGAAAAAAAAUGAGUAAAAAACCCGGCUUGACUAAUUUCAAAGCCUGCUUAAGCAUUUUCGUAGCUACAUGAUUCUACAUCCCUACACCUGGUUUAGAUUGCAAGUUACCUCCUUUUAGGUUUCAUUUGAAUUUGGCUUUCCUUGCUUAGAGAUCCAUCAUUCAAAAAUCAACAAAAAAAGAGCCAUAGGUCAGACAGUAUAAUUUUUUGAAUGUGUUUUUAAUCUGUAGAAUGUUUUUUCUUAUUUUUCUGAAAAAUUUGUGUAAUUGUUUGAGUGUUUCUGUCUAGAUGCCAAUGAACUGAGACGAAAACUUGCUCGUGGUGAUGAGGAGCAGGCAGAGAAAACCAGACAAUUUAAUGAAGAGGUAGUA